GGUGGUGCGUUUGUGAAUGAGAACUGCAAAAAAGAAGAAAAGUGAUUUUUUGGUUGCGAAUAUAGAAAAGUAAAAGCCACAAUUUGGAAGAGACAAAUUAAAGGAUUUGAGAAGUUGAAAAAAAAAAACAAACACUUAAUUAAUUCUAAAGACAUUUAAUCCUGAAAAAUAUGGGAUCAAAGCUGGUGUAUUUGUGUGUGCUGAUUGCAGUGGCCUUGAGCAGUAGCUGCAUUGCUGUAGAAUUACCGGUUGCGGUAACUGCACAAAGUGAGCGUGGCCUUUUAACAAAUAAUGCCGUUUCAAGAACAUUGCAUCAUGUUCUCAAUCAUUGCCUGAAUCAAAAUGAUGUGCUGUGGUGUUUCAAAAUACAGGGUGCCAAACUUUUGGGACGUGCCCUGAAAUUCCAAAAUAUCAACAUCGUUGAGGGCGUCACAUUGGUUAAGAAAAAUGAUAGCGAAUUGAGAACGGGUCGUUCCAGUGUUAUAGAUAUGAAGCUUAGCAACCGUGAUCUGGAAAAUCUUUCAUCGAAAAGCCUGGAUUCCCUGCUAAUGGAAAGAUGUACAUCCUUCAUCAGAUCACGACAAUUGCAAGUCAAUCUGCCACGUCUUUUGUCCUUUGGCAAGAGUAAUGCCCAGGAUGUAAUGCAAACGAUAAUGAAUUUCUUCAGCACCACCACAGCCAAGGCCAACGAGGCUGCCGAUGAGAUUGUGGGUGGUGGUGGUGGUGAUGGUGUCGAAGAGGGCCGUAAGAAAAAGGAUGACAAAAAGUAUUUGGGUCCCUUUAUAGCGGCCGUAAUGCUAAAGGCGGCCAUUCUAAAAAUGGCAUAUCAUUCAAUUGCCAUUGUGGCGGGUAAGGCAUUGAUUGUGGGCAAAAUAGCUCUGAUCAUCAGUGCCAUAAUUGGUCUCAAGAAAUUGGUGUCGGGUGAGGGUGGUGAGAAGACCACCUAUGAAAUAGUCAAACAUCCACAGGUCCAACAGAGUCACACAUAUUCUUCGAGUCAUCAGAACGAAUACGAAGGUGGUCAUGAAAGUGGUUCAUAUCAUCGCAGCAUGGACGAUGAAAUGAUGAUGCAGGAUAAGGCCUACAAUGCUUGGGUGCCAACAACAUCGUAAGCAGUAAUUUGGCCACCCCAUAACUAGCCAAGUGAAUAGCUAACGAUCUUGAUGCAACACUUACACACACGCGCACACAUGAAGAUGGAGAGCGAGGUUGAGUGAUGUCACGCAUACUGGUGAAAGUUUCAACCACCCCCAAAACGACCAUCACCAAAACCUACAGCCACUUGCCUACCAAAGAUUUUUUAACUUAUUAACCUUAAAAAUUAAAAAAAAAAACAACUACAAACCAAGUGAAACAUUUUAUCGGCAUAUAAGCCACCUUCGAGAAUCAUUUAAGCAUAACCGAGUGGCAUGAUAACGAACGAGCCACUCUAAUUUCUCCAAAAAUGCAGCCAACCUGAAAUGAAACAUUUGCAACAAACCGAUAACAGAUAACAUACACACACAUAUUCAUUCACAUUCUUACCAUAAGCCGAGAUGAAGGAGAUGAAAAAACAAAAGAAGACAUUCAAUCCGCUUUCGUUUUAUUUUUAAAUAUUAUUUCGUCUAUUUAAUUAAUUGUUAAUUUUUUAAGAUAUCGAAAGAAAAAAGUCAACUGAUUUGGAAUUUUUAGUUCAUAAGUUCGAGUGUAUUUGUA